CAUCAUAAUACAGCUCGCUGACUGCAAGCGUGAGAGUGGCUGAGUUACAUAGCAAACUGUAAACUACGUUACGCUCUAGUUUUAUUACCAUACUUUGAAUAUGUCCGGUAGGGGGAAAACUGGAGGAAAGGCCCGAGCCAAGGCCAAGUCUCGUUCAUCCAGAGCUGGACUUCAGUUUCCAGUGGGUCGUGUCCACAGACUGUUACGCAAAGGGAACUACGCGGAGCGGGUAGGCGCGGGGGCGCCAGUCUAUCUGGCUGCUGUGCUGGAAUAUCUGACGGCUGAGAUCCUCGAGCUGGCCGGAAACGCGGCGAGAGACAACAAAAAGACGAGGAUCAUCCCCCGCCAUCUGCAGCUCGCUGUCCGCAAUGACGAGGAGCUCAAUAAACUUUUAGGCGGUGUUACCAUCGCCCAGGGCGGGGUGUUGCCAAACAUCCAAGCUGUUUUGCUGCCCAAGAAGACCGAGAAACCAGCCAAGAGCAAGUGAUGAUGGACUCCGUGACAUCUGGCGAGGACAUUGACACACAUCACGGCUUCCACACAGCGGUGCCACCAUUUUGAGUCUUUAAACUGAAGUAACACGUUUUCUUGUUCUCGCUUGAUUUCUGCUUUGUCUUAAAGUGUUAAGAAACUGAGUUAUGCUGUUGAUGUUUCUUGGAGAAAUGCUUGUCUACAUCGAGACGAACACUAACCACUAACUGGCUACAAACAUGGCGGACAUGUUCAACCUGGCCAUGAACAAAAGGUGGACUGUGAGCGGAUUAAACACAAAAGAAACCCGGGCUGAACAUUAGCAUUACACUCUUUGUAGUUUUUAGACCUGUGCUUGUUGUUGUUGUUCCCACUGCUAUUAAAUAAUGUCAUUUUUUUCCUUCCUGUUUUAAUUCAAUAAAUGUUGAGCCUGAGGAAGGCACAAAGA